AUGGUGGCAACGGUGCCUUCUGGUGGUUCCACUUGCACACAAGUCUAUCUGUUGGGACCAGCUUUUCCGAUGGCAAUGGAUGGGGAAGAGGCUGGUGUCCCUCCGCCGUACGGCAACUACCAGGGACCAAGUACAGACGAUCUGCAGAAAGAGGACUUACACAAAUGGAACCAAGAGGUGUGUGCAUCGAUUUGGGGCGACUUGGGAUACGCCAUCUACUCCUCCCAGAUCUGCGCUGCUCGUUUUGAGGAUGUGAACUACGGUACCUGUCAUGGUGAUUCCGGCGGUCCAGUGCUGCACGGGGGCGUGCUGCAGGGUCUGACGUCAUGGGGGUACGAGUGCGCCACGCCGCCCUACCCCGGCAUCUACACACGGGUCGCCAGCUACGUCGACUGGAUCCAUCGCCACACCGGCACCUCGUCGGCGCCCAACUGGCGCCAUUAA